GUGACGUUCAUAGUACGCUGGAAAUAAUAUACUUGUUUGAUUAAUUCACAAUUCAGUAUCAAAUUCUCUGUGACAGUGUGAGGGCAAAGCAGUUGUUUUCAUUGUUCACGAUAAUUUCAUUUUCGUUAGACUUAUUGUACAUAGGAUACGAUCACAAAAAAUUAUGCACAAUUCGCGACAUAAGUUCAGUCAAUUAGUUUUUUAUUAGGGUUAAAUGAUUAUGACGAUGUGUUACGGUAAUUGGUUUUGUGUCAUUGUUAGCUUUGCUCUAUUCUGUAUCAGCAGCAUUUCUUCCAAAGGAGGCUCAUCCAGAUGUGGAAAAGUGCAUUUGACAGUUUCAUCUUACGCAGAAACCUUCUUAGAACUAAACUGGAUAACAGACUGCCAAAGAGAUGCUACAGUUCCUGAGUAUAUCAUAUUAUCAACGAAAAAUAUACAAGAUAGAGACGAAGAUCAUGGUGUAUUAAAGAUGGUUAAAUUCAAGGACUACCCAGACGGUUUUUUCAGAACCAAAGUGAAAUUCGGCCACCCCUGGCUACCAGGUGGUUGGGAAGUGGGCGAGAAUGUCAAGCCCGACCCUGGACCGCAUUGUUUCCCCUACUGGAUAUCAUCAGUAUCCAGAAACGGCACCAUAGAUUCCACGUGCCUUGCUAUACAGCCUACUUGGAUGAGCGAUAAUAGUGUUUCUUUGGGGAAUCUGAGGUUGGGGUCAAUUCUGAUACCAGGAACACACAAUUCUGGAUCUUAUUCUGGAAUAGUGUCUUUUUUGGAGAACUACAUACUCAACCAAGAUAGAAGCAUUUGGACCCAGCUGGUCUCUGGAAUUAGAUAUCUGGAUUUCAGGAUAGGGUAUUAUGAAAAGGAAGGGUUCUACCUGAACCAUGACCUAGUCAGAGUUACCAAAAUCUUGCCACUGCUGCAGGACAUAAAAAAAUUCCUGCAACAAGCGCCCAAAGAAAUAGUGGUCUUGGAUUUUCACCGAUUUCCAUUCCCAACAAAUUUUUCUCUCAGCCUACACAGAAAAUUUGUCGAUUUGAUUUAUUCAGAAUUGGGAGCUUUUGCAGUACCCUCUGUAGAUAUGGAAAUCGGCAAAGGGCCUACUCUGAAUGAUAUUUGGAAGAAAAACAAGAACCUAAUUAUCUGUUAUGCAGAUAAAACAACAGUAAGAGAAAAUUAUUUUCUGUGGCAUCCUCUCUCUCAGUACUGGGGGAACACGAAAAGCGAAUCCGUCUUGAAAAGUUUCCUGGAAAAGUCAAUUUCCGAGCAGGACAAUGCCAAAUCAGUGAACCCGUUUUGGGCUCUCAUGGCUGAGCUGACCCCUCAGCCCAUAGACCUGGUCUUCAGGACGAACAAUCUCAGGAAACUGGCAGCGGAAAUCAACCCUAGAGUCACCAAGUGGUUCAGAGACGAAUGGGGUGCAAAAUCGAAUAUCGUGGCAACAGAUUAUUUUUUGGGAAACGAUAUGAUUAAUGUCGCUAUCGAUAUCAAUACCCACAGAAAUGUAUAGUUUAAUGCAAAUAUCAAUAAACAAGUUUUUUUAAAAAGAAUAUCCUAAUUAAAUGGUCAAGUCUUUAAAAACCAUGAAAUGUACGUAUUGUAUAAUUCCAAUUACCCUUCAUAUACACAAUUGAUGUUUUCAUGGAUACUACAGAGUUUUGUUAUACAAUUGAGAAAUUAAUAAAGAACCUCCAAUGUCAGAAAAUAAUGUCAAAAAUAAAUAAUUCCGUUAUUAAACAACUGCACUAUCUGUAUCAAGUAGGAAUGAGCCCCAUAUUUCUGUAGGGGAAAUCCUACAUGAUCCGGCCCGAAGGACCAUGUAAAACAGAUAAUGUAGGAGUUUAAUAACGAAAUUAUAAAUGUUUUAUAUUUCAGACUGCCACUGGGAGUAUUCUUCAUUGAUUUCUCAAUUGUAUAACAAAGCUCUGUAGUAUUCAUGGCAACAUUACCAGUUUUGUAUAUAAAAGGUGGACAAUAAUAGUUAUAUAAAAUUAUCAUGUUAUUCUAGUUCUCAUCAAGUUUCCAACCGAAUGAUGAGAACAUAUUCGUCAUUCACUUGGAGUUAUUUCUUUCAUUGAAAUGUUUUUAUUUAUUCGAUAAUUAAAGAACUUACGACCCACACUCACCAUUGAAAUAAAAUCACCGAAAUAGUACAAUAUAUUAUUUAAUGAAACGAGUAGAUCAUAAAAAAGCUUGAAACUAAAAUUAUCAGUUCCGUAAUAAAAAAAUAUCAAAAAAUCAAAGUGAUGUUACUUGCUUAACGAAUAUCGCCAUAUUUUUUGGUUUUCAUCUCAGUUAACUUAUUUCAUUCUUUGUAGAGGGUUUCAUCUAUCGAAGAAGCCUACUCCCAUAUACACGUUAGUUCUUUCUAAGAAAAGUAAACUGCGGAAAUUAGCGACCUUUGACAGAAUUAUCAGAGGAUGAAUCCUAGAAGCGCGACAAACUACAAAUCCGUUUUCUCUGUUCUCCAUAUCUUUUUCGAAAUCUAAGAUUUUUAAAUAAGGUUUAUCACGCUGUUUGGGAUCACGAUAAAAAACUUUUGAUGAGGUCUCAUUACGUCAUAUCCGAAUAUUUAUUGUUUUUUCUUCUCGGUUAAAAAUAACGUAUAUAAGGGAGGGACUCUACAAUAGAGUACUCUUACAAACGGUUAUAAAUAGUAUCGUACAAUACAAUAUUACACAUAAAAUACUCCUUUACAUAGUAGAGAAGAAAAUCUGAAUCGAAAAUCAUGUCACUGGUCUCUAACCAGCAAGAAUCCGUAUUAUACUAAAAAUAUAAAUCUUCACUGUUUAAAGACCAGUCAAAGUCCAAACAUAUAGAAUUUCAGCCCCUGAAUGUCUUCACAAACAUGUAAACAUACCUCAUCUAUAAUUAUUCUCAUAAACAAAAUCACAGAAUUCGAAAAUAAGAACAAUCGCAGUCUCUUCCCACCAAUACAACUUCCAGAGUUAGGUAUGACUUCUAAUAAACAGAGCGACACCACAGUCCAAGUGAUACUCUCAAAUCUCGGACAACAUUUCCUACCCUAAAUUCAUAUCACAGACGAAGUAUCUCGACUCUUUCCUGCCUCGGCAUCCAACUGGUCCAUAACCAGAGACAUCUCCCCGAUGGGCGCCGCGGACUCGAUCAAAUUCCGCGCGCUCAACGACGUCAUGGCGUCGCUGAAAUUCCCCAUCCUCGCGUUAUUCCUGGCGUUCACCGUGCUCCGCCUGAAACUGCUGCGCAGAAUCGACGCCACCUCCGCCGCCGUCAGUGCUGUCACCGAACUCUCCAAGUUCCGCAGCCGCUCCAGCGUGGAGAGUCGCGCGCUGCAUCCAGCCUGAGCGCUCUCGUCGACGGUCGACGCUCGACUGCCGUUCAUCUCGACCAGCACGGCGUUAUAAUCGGGUGGUGGGGGUAGCACGGGCGCGCGCUGCCUAUUGGAGCUGCUUUCGCCAAGGGCGUUCGCGAUGCGCCGCACGCUGCGCCGGAUGCUCUGCCUGAGCAGCUUGGCCAAUCGGGCGCCCGUCGCCGUGGUGUAGGAGGGGGGCGGGGUGUACUUGGGCGGGGGGUCCGCCGUGAGGGCGGCCGUGGCGGUGGCUUCUUCGCGCGCCGCCGUUGAUAGAUCUCGGGCUGCCAGUUCGUCCAUGUGCUCGCCGAUGGGCGGCCUAUACAACAGCUGGAUUC